AAGAUGGCGGGCGCUGGCAGACGCCACGCGGUGACGUAGGACGAGCUUCGGUCCCUGCGCUGCGCCCCCGGGAAACCCCGUUAUAGCCGGCUGCCUGUCCGGCAUCCUUCCUUUUACCACGGCGGCGAGUCGACGCCAACAUGCCUCUGGCAAAAGAUUUGUUGCACCCGAGUCCGGAGGAGGAGAAGCGGAAACACAAGAAGAAGCGUUUGGUGCAGAGCCCAAACUCCUACUUCAUGGAUGUUAAGUGUCCAGGCUGCUACAAGAUCACCACUGUGUUCAGCCACGCGCAGACGGUCGUGCUGUGUGUCGGAUGCUCCACCGUUCUCUGUCAGCCCACAGGAGGAAAGGCGAGGCUAACAGAAGGCUGUUCAUUCCGGAGAAAGCAACACUGAAGAGGCAGUAGUCCCGCAAGGACGAGCCGUGACUCUCUGCGACUGGCCUCCUGGUUUCCCGGGCUAGUGUGCGCAAUAAACCACUUCCCGUGACACCCGGAGGCCAGUCUGGGAUUGUCCGUGCUGGAGCGGGGCGUGUGGCCGCCACUUCCCUGUGGCCUCCACCCGUCUACUGUAGCUGUAGACUGCUGAUCCUAUUGCUAGUGUUGAGUUCUUUGUUAGAAUUGUCAAAUAAAAUGCGGGUGAUGUAUUUACUUUUA